CUGUAACAUACAGUUCUUUUGUUUGAAAGACGGUGAUGAGCUGACGGUCGCAGCUUCAUUGUUGAAUCAAAACCCGGUUGUGGCUGCAGCUUUAAUUGCACUUUAAAAGCAGUUUUCGUCGGGCGGAGUGAGGAGGCUUCUGCGAACAACUAGGGUAUCAUCAGUUCCGGCCCCGCCGAGCACGGGCGCCGGUCACCAUAAUGGCCGCUCCACUCCUUGAUCCGCUAGUUAGCAAGCUUAGGCAGACGACAGCCACAGCCGCACGCGCAGCCGAGGUGAUGCGCGCGGCCUUCCCUGGCGCGACACACGAAACAGCCGGGCGCAACACGAUUGCGGUACAGUUACCUCGCAAGGAUGUGCCAACAUACGUCAUGGCAAACCAGCGGCCGCAGCCGUGGGAGCUGCUGCCCAUGAAGGCCGCAGCGAUGACGCAGUACCCCAACUUCUUCAACAACAGCUGCACGUUCUUCGGCUCAAUCAAACGUGACGUCGUGAACGGAGUGCCGUUCUGCCUAUUGCGCCCGUCGCGCCUGGCGCUGGACAUGGCAAAGGUGGUCCGCAAUCUGGGUAUUGUGGACGGCUUCGAGGUGGUGCAGCGCCGCAGCCGCCUGGGCGCACACGACUUCGUGUGGCUGCCGGAGCAGCAGCCGCAGGAGCCGGAGCACCUGUACGACACCUCGCUGUUCCGGCAGCGCCUCAUCCGCCUGCACCUGCGCACCGACCUGUUCAGCCGGCUGCCGGGAGCGCCGGGCAGUGGCGCCGGCGGCCCGCAGCCUGCAUCAGCGCAGCUAGCCCCGGCUGUGGGGCUGCUGCCGCUGUCGGUGAAGAACAUCAGCAAAGCCUCACAGCCGGUGCUCAUGUACCCGCGCCAGCUGGAGGAGGCGGCGGCGCGCCUGCCUGCUGGUGUGUUCAUGUGCUACCACCCGCAACUGGGUUUGAUUACGGACGCGAUGGCGCAGCAGUACGAUGUGCCGGCACUGGUGGCGGCGCACGUGGGGCUGCCGCUGAGCCAGGCGGCGGCCAUUCGGGGGGCGUUACGGGUCAAGGCGGCGGAGGAGGCGGGCAAGGAGCUGCGGCACGUUACGCAGCUCAAGGACUGGAACAUGAUGGAGCUGUUGCGGCAGCGCAUGGUAGAGCGGCGGGCGGCGCUGGAGGCGGGGAUGGGGGUUGGCGGCGAAGUGGCGGCACGGCUGCAGGAGCUGCGUGAGGCCGGCCUCCGGCUGCGCGACGAGGCAUCUGAUCGGGUGACGUCGGCGCUGAAUGUGGCCCAGGACCUGGAGGACGGCGCACUGGCCUGGCAGCUGGUGCACAGCAGGGCGCUUGGAGCGGCCCCGGGAGCAGCGGCGGCGGGCGUGGACGAGGGCGCGGGUGGUGAGGAGCAGGCGGGCGCAGGGGAAGGGCGCACGAGCCCGCGUGGCCAGCCACGCAGGCGGAGAUGAGGCACGCCAGUGGUCCAAUACACGUCACCAGCACUGGGCAGACUGUAAAGUUGUGGCAGCAGAUGCAGGCAAAUGUACCGCAGCCCAACGCCCAACAACCUCAGCAGGCGGAGGCGAUUAGCAGACGGAGGAUUGCUGGGUUGCACCAGGGGUCACGGGCGAGCGGUAUGCAUAGCAGGCAGCAGAGAAAGCGGGUAGGUCAUGAACCGCCACGUGGUAGGCCGCAGCAGUGAGGAGUGUUGUGGUUAGGGGAUUUCCUGCUGUUUGGUUGAUUGCUGGCUGUGCUUGUGCUUGACAGCGGGACGUGGCUGGACGCCUGGCGGGCCGUGCCUGUACGAACCGACCCCGGCUACGUCCGGGAGAUGGGGUAGACGCUUGCGGCCUCAGACUAGUGACGUGGCGUGGGCGCAGCCCACUCUUCCCAUGCGAGGGGAACCACAUUUUUGUCCCGUCCUCAUAAAAUCGCUCAAGGAGGGCGAAGGACAAGUCUCCGAUAUAGACUCGGCAGUUCAGUGGGGUUCCCCUGACGUCCCUCGUGGAUGUAGCACUGCAGCGCAAGUUGUAGGGUCGCGACGCAAACUCAGCGACGAACAUGCGGCACACGCUGAUGGAGAUGCCGCUUGGUAAAACGCAGUCCCUGUGUUGGCGGCCCUGCGCCGUGGUGGCGGCGAUGCUGGCGGCGGCGAUGCAGGGCCUGGCGGCAGCGACGGCGGCGGUGCUGGCCCUGGCGGCGGCUGCGGCGGCGGCAAAAACACCUAGUGGCAGCGGCGGCGGUGAACGCAGGACCUGGCGGCGGCGCACGGCCUCGGUCAGCGGUGGCGGCGUGCAUGUGCAUAGCAGAGGGGGCAGGCAAGGCCACGUGGAGGAGCGCGGGGCGCCCGCCCGAGAAACGGCGCCAGCGCGCAGGUUGAGACCUGCCGGUGUCUAGUUUGCGGUCUUGCUGGCGGGCAUACCGUGUGCGGAAUCCAUUACUGUUUGGUUUGUUGCCAGCUGUGCUUGUGUUUGACAGCGGAGGGCGGCUGGACACAUGGCGGGUGGUGCCUGUACAAACUGCUCCCGGCAAUGUCGGGGGAGAUGAUGUAGUUUCGAAACCUGCGCCUCAGACGACAUUGCACCAACAUGGCGUGGCGGGACAGCCCACUUUUUCCCUUCUUGUCCCGUUCUCACGUACAAAAACAACCCAUCGUCCCUUGUCCUGCGGGGCAGCGCAGGGGAACCCUAGGGGCAGCAUGAGGCUGCCAGGCAUUGUUCAAAAAGGCCCAUUCCACGCACGGGCGGCGGGCGGCCACAUGCACUGUGUUGUGCCGCUGGGGAGCUACCGCAACAUCAGGGUGCCAGAGGGUGCAAACCAGGGCCGCACCUCCCCUGGCGCGCGGACAUACAUGAUGCAGACGCGGAGAGAUGCAGACCGCAUGCAUGAACAGUUGACGCCUAUUGGUGCCUCGCUUGAGAAGGCUGCCGUAUCGUCUAGUACGAUGUUAUGGACACCUCUGGGCACCGCUGCAACCUAAUGAGGCCCGGGGGAGCCUGGGGGCGCCGCACGUAGCGCUGGCAUUGCAGAGGAUUUCUCACGGGUACAUGUUUGCAGACGUCAAAGCGCUGAUGCUGCUUCCUUCCAUCCUUCUUCAACCAUCCUGCGU